AGGAUCACCACUUCUCCAAACACCAAAAAAAAAAAAAAAAAAAAUGCUAACAAAUACCUCCCUCAACAAAAUAAUCACUUCCUUCUCCACCCUCCCCAGAGAAGUAGCCCACCAAAUCCUCAACGACAUCCGGAUCUGGGACAUCCUGCGGCUCAUCUGUUACAACGAUGCACACAUCAACACCGACAUCCUCACCCACCCAACCCUGGGCCGACUCUUGCACUACGAUCCAGAAAUCCUAGAUGAAGUCCGCAAAACAGCAGAUUUAUACCGCACAGUCUGCACGGCCCACAACCUCACCGCAGCGCCACUAUCAUCUCCCCUGGCGUUAAACACCCAGACCUUCAAAUCAGACUUUAAAGCAAUCACAAAUUACAUGCACCACCGCCUCAUCGAGGAAUUAUAUCUAGAGUCCUGGAAACGGGACGUCCUUGCUCAUUACACCCCAUUGCCAGCUGUAUGGGACUCAUCUACUAUCCAGGGGUUAGAAGCUCGUUGGAACGCGAUUCAAGACGCGCAGUUGAAACUAAACACGCGGAAAGCAAGUCAGCUUCGUAAAGCAGCUGAUUUGCUGGAGACUAAUCCCGACAUUGUGAAGAAAAUGAUCGAUCCUAGUCAGGCGCUGCGGAAGAAUAUUCCACAUAUUGUCCAGCGGAUUAGGGGGACUGAGAAGCGGGUUAAAUGGCAAUCUUUGCUUCGGGGGGGUAGGUUGAAAGGCAUGUCAUGGUUUGCGUAUGGGCAUUUCCCGGUUGUCCCGUUUGAUCGGGCUUUGGGGGUUGUUUUGCGGGGUUUGGAGGGGAUGGGGGUUAAAUAUGAAUUAGGGGAGGAAGAGGAGGAGGUUGAUUCUGGGAGGUUGAUGAGGGAAACUGAGAGCUUGGGGGAGGUGGGUAGCUUGGUGAGAGUUGUGGUUGAGGGGUUGAAGUUUGUGUAUGAUGGUGAGGAUGGGGGUCGGUUGCCUAGGAUAGCUAGGGAGGAGGGUGGGGAUUCUUUCUAUUUUAUUCCGAGGGGUCCUCUGGAUGCGUUCCUUUAUACCGGGGAUGGCCUGGCGAGGAUGUAUGAGGCUCAUGAUGAGAGGGAGAUUGCCUGGUUGGAGGCUUUUGUGGCGGUGUAUCGGUAUUUUAGACCCGGGGGUGAGAUGUCUGGUUAG